UCUUUAGGAGCCCCACCUCUUCCCCCUCCGCUACGCGUUCUUUGUCACGUGAUCGUUAAAGGGGCGGACACCACUUUCAAGUCUUACCACGAAAUUUGGGAAAGGUUGUGCGCCGCGGUCGCCAUUUUGCGGGGAGGGGAGCAGUGUUUUACCUUCCGACUCCGUUCCGUAUCCGAGCGUUGUUGCGGCUCCCAACGACCUCCGAUCUAUCGGCCUUCCCGAACCCUCAAGCCUCCUCUUUUUGCGCUCUGAUUUCAGGACUUUCUCCACAGCUAGGCCUUUUUCCCUGCCAGAUGUCCUUUGACCUCUUGACCUCUGACUCAAAGGUCAGCGCUAAGGUUCCAAACUCGGGUCUGUGAUGCGAGGGGUGGAUAUCUAGCCUAAAUUCUCCCACUCUUUAAUCCUGUGGCUCGAAAUCCGCUUUCGGUGCCUUACUCUAGGUCUGAGCUUUCAUAUCCUGAGAUUGAACCCCAAGUUUCCAAAUCUAGCCCCUGAUAAGUUAACUCCUAAUGAGUAUCACUGCUUGAGCCUUGCACCCCAACUCUGUAUCUCAAAUCUGGUUCCAGAUUAAAGGACCGCGUUAACUCUCAAAUUCCUUGUGAUUUCAGUCAGCCUCAGGGAUUGAGUCUGCUUCCAAAGUUCCAGGUUUUAGCCCUGAUUUUUUCAGUCCUUCUGUUCACCUUCCUCCCCCAAGUCUGGAAUUCAGCUCUAAAGCCUUCAGAAUCUCCAUCCCUGUGACCAACGCAUUUGGGAGGAUCCUUCCCUUCCCUCUGCUAAGCCUUCCAGUGCAAGUCACAGACCCCAAAAUGAUUUCUCCAUGCUCUCCUCCCUUAGAGCCACCAAUUCAUCCUCCAGAAACUCCUGCACCCCAGACCCCCAUCAUCCCACCUCCUCCCCUACCCCCAAAUCUCCCGGACGUAGCUUUUCCACCCUCUCCCUUGAGUCUCCAGGCCCCUGUACCCCCACCACCCCCACUGCCACCUCCACCACCUGCCACCGGCUUUGCUGCCCCUCAUGUCUUCGGCCUGGAGAAGAGCCAGCUCCUGAAGGAGGCCUUGGAGAGGGCCGGCCCAGUCCCCAAGAGCAGAGAGGAUGUCAAGAGGCUCCUGAAACUGCACAAGGACCGUUUCAGAAGUGACCUGCAGUGGAUUCUCUUCUGUGCCGACCUGCCCUCCCUCAUCCAGGAAGGCCCUCAGUGCGGGCUGGUGGCCUUGUGGAUGGCAGGCACUCUCCUGGUGCCCCCCAGCGGCAUCCCCCUGGAGAGACUCGUGCAGGUGGCCGUGGAGAGAAGAUACACGGCCCAGGGGGAGAUGUUCUCAGUGGCCGACAUGGGCAGGCUGGCCCGGGAGGUACUGGGCUGCCAGGCAGAGGUGCUCCACGGCGGCCUGGGCAGUCCCAACCGAGACCAUGUCCUGCUGCACCUUGUCGCCGGACAUCCCCUGCUUAUCCCCUACGACGAGGACUUCAACCACGAGCCAUGUCAGCGGAAGGGCCACAAGGCCCACUGGGCAGUGAGUGCAGGGGUGCUGCUGGGUGUGCAGGCUGUGCCCGACGUCGGCUAUGCGGAGGACCCGGAGCUGCCCGGCCUGUUCCACCCAGCAGCCAGCUCGCCCCACCAGCCACCAGCCCUGCCGGAGGAAGGCUCCACAGGCACCAUCUACCUCCUCUCCAAGCAGGGCAAGAGUUGGCACUACCAGCUGUGGGACUACGACCAAGUCCGGGACAGCAACCUGCAGUUGACAGACUUCUCGCCCUUGAGGGCCACGGAUGGCCGGGAGUAUGUGGUGCCUGCCGGCGGGGUGCGGGCCGGCCUCUGUGGCCAGGCCCUGCUCCUUCGACCCCAGGACUCAAGCCACCAGCCUGCUGCAGCCUCAGGCCAGGGCGCUCCAGCUUCUCCCUCUGCGUGACGGCCUGAGGGUUUGGGCUGGAUCUCUGAGGACCUCCAGCCAGGAUCCUUCUUUCAGGGGCCCCCAGAAUCCAUCCAGUCCUGAUCCUGGGCCUCGCCCCAACUCCCCCUUCUCCAAGCCCACCCUCCAAUGUCAAGCACCUCCUCUGGGCUGGGGUGCUGGGGCCAGGAGUCUGAUGGACAGGCUCCCUCUGCAGGGCAGACUGACAAGCGCUCAGACCCAGGUCCUGUCCACCCCGCCUCGGCGUUUAUCACUGGUGACCACCCUCUUCUAAACCACCACCCCCUCUCUGGAUGUGUGCGAGCGCCUUGCCGCUGGAGCCCUUGCUGCCUCCCAGUGCCGUUCCCGGGGAAGCCUAGGAAACCAGCCUCUCCACUGCCCACCAGAGACGCUCCCCGUAGCUCUUUGCUACUCGAAGGACAGGGACUCAACUCUCCUGGCCCCAACUCCCCUCCCCUAACCUGGGCUGUUCUUCCCCACACUUUGUGCCAGACUGGCUUCUCAGGUGCCUAGAGUGUCCUGCUCCCCACCCCCCACCACCCUUCUAUUAAAAAUAACUCGGAAACUGC